AUGGGAUUCGUGGUUGCUACUUCAAAGUGCACUAUUUUACUUCCUCUUAGAUUCCCUCUGCUCGAAUGGCAUUUAAUAUACUCGAAGUUGUGUUUCAACAGCCCUCGUUUAUUGAAAAAUUCACAAGUUAAAGUUAUCGAGUUUUUUUUGCUUCUUUUUUUUGUUUCUCGUUUCACAGCACAACAAUAA